AUGAGAACGGGCACCAGCAGAAACCGGGCAGUUGGUCUGAGUUUGGCGAUAUUACUUGUGGCCAUCGCGUUUUCUGGUGCCAAUCAAGUUCGGCCCUUGGAUGAGUCGAUGACGCCAUUGCCUUGGGGUGCAAUGUUCGUUUUGGGAGACUCGUCGGUCGACUGUGGAGACAACACUCCAUUCUAUGUUCUUCUGCACCGUAACCAGUCCCUAUUCCCGUGCAACGGCUCUGAUGACACUCUAAUCCCCCAGCUUCUUGCGAAGAAGAUGGGGUUGGCGGGCACGGUACCCUUCUACAGCCAAAACGGGUCGAUCCAAGUGAUCCUGGGCGGGUUGAACUUCGGGUCGGCCCAGGCAACCAUACUCUAUCCGGGCAGCCGCAGCUUCCAGUCCCUGAACCAGCAACUCCGCCAGGCUUCCGAGACCAUUCAACUGCUCCACCUCAACCUCGGCCAGGAGACGGCCACUCCUUUCAUCCGCUCCUCCGUUUUCUACCUUUCCUUCGGAAAAGAUGACAUCAUCGACCACCUCAUUAAUGCUAGCCCGCCCACCGCUCAGAACCUUAGCCGCAUUCUGGUCCACCAGAUGAUGAAUGCCGUUAGGAAUCUAUACGCCAACAAUGUGAGGAGGAUCGUGUGUGCGGGGGUUCUUCCGCUGGGGUGUGGACCACGCUGGCGCGCGGUGGGCAGCGCCGCGGAGGAGUCGUGCUCGGAUGAGGUCAACAGGGCAGUGUCGGAAUUCAAUGUGAUGAUGGAGGAGAAUGUUGUUGGGAUGAGUGGGGAGUUGGGUGAUGCGCGCGUGACCUUCUGUGAUGUGUACCAGGCCAUGAUGGAGGUCAUCAAGAAUCCGUCCGGCUAUGGUAGGAUAAUGGAUGUGAAAAAUGCGUGUUGCGGGCAAGGUAGGUAUGGAGGGGAGAGUGGUUGUGUUUCGGCCGAUAUGGCCUGCAACGACCCUUGGGCCCACGUAUGGUGGGACUUGUACAAUCCAACCCCAGUAAUCAACUCGCUUUUGGCUAGUUCAGCUUGGUCUGGCCAGCCUCUGCCUUCCGUUUGCCGUCCAAUAACCGUGCAACAAAUGCUCUCACCAUGA